GCCACUCUUCACCUUUAACUAAACUUAUCCACAUUCAACAUUCGCAUUCACAUCCACAUCCACAUCUACAUCCAUACCAUUAAAGAGCAAAGGUAGGUACCUACCUACCUAUCUUACGUACAUAGGUAUGUUUAUGCGUCUGUCCAUCAUUGAUGCCAUCCAGUUUCCAUACAUGAUGUAAUUGGUGUAUGCAGGUAUGGGUGUCUAGAUGCAAAUGCAUGUACAGUUACUACAUGUGUAUCCUCUGAUGCAAGCUGCUGCUGCCCACAAAAGUGGUAGAUACUAACUACACAUAUUGUACAUAUUAUACAUAUUACAUCUAUUACAUCCACUACCAUCUACUACGCCAACUACACAGCUCUAUCCAUCUGCACCUUGUUUCAACGUCCCACUCCAUCCACCACCAUAUAUCCCCAACACCUCCAUUAUAGCACACCCAUCCAUCACUUCUUUCAAUGCUUGUGAUCGCAAGGUGCUACCUAUUAACUUUCUGCCAGCCUUGAAAGAUCCAUAACCCACACCCCGUUAGCCCCAAUUUCAGGCCCGAGUGACUAUUCUGGUAGUUGCAGGGCCUCCCCAGGUCCAUGCAUUCACCGGGACAGUCGCCUCGCGACGGAUUGUCCUCAUUUGUGACCCCGUCCAAACGAAAGCCGACUGGUUCCAGUAACAUCAAGCAACUAGCAUUCGACGGCCAGUCCUCCACUUCUGACCACAAGCGUCCUAAACUCAACACCUCGACCGACCCAGACAUUCCGACAAUGAGCAAGGUGCUGGGCAAGCAGCCAGAGAUCGUCGACUUGACGAGACCUCACACUGCCUUCCAACCUCAUAAGGGCGCUAAGAAGAUUAUCAUCAAGAAUUUACGAACUACCUCACGAACUGACGAUCUCGAGAAGUAUUAUGCUACCAUCAGACAAGAGUUGCUUGACGCUCUUCAGGAUAUAUUCGAUCAGAAGCAACCCCGCCAACCACUCGAGAAGCUAUACCGCGCAGUGGAAGAUCUCUGUAGACAUGGCGAAUCUAAAUUUCUAUAUGACAUGCUGCUAGUGCACUGCGAAAAAUACCUACAAAACAACCUUCUCGAAGCUGUGGCGGCAGAAUCUGGCUUAUCGAAUGUCGACAUAUUGAGGAGCACCUACAAAUAUUGGGUGAUAUGGAAUGCUCAAUCAACCACAAUCCGUUCGAUCUUCAGCUACCUCGACCGAUCAUUUCUGCUGAGCACCAAGGAGUUCCCACAGAUCAACGACAUGGCCAUAAUGCUAUUCAGAAAGAUCGUAUUCAUCACAUUUCCAUCAGGCCCCAAGAGCGUUGCUGGUGCAUGUGAGCUAGUGGAAUAUGACCGAAAAGGAGAUCCACGGUUUGACCCAGCUCUACUGCGUGACUCGAUCUCCAUGUUUCAUGUCCUAAACAUCUAUGGCAAAUUCUUCGAGCCAUGUAUCUGGAAAGCAUCCAAGGCGUAUUACGCCGAAUUUGCUGAUGAGCAAGGCACAGCGUCCCUAAAGAGUUACAUUGCCAGUUGCGAGAAACUACUGGCACGCGAAGAAUACCGUUGCAACGCAUACAAUUUUGAUAGUACGACGAAGAGAAAGUUGAUGGACUAUGCGAAUGCAGCCCUAAUAUCCAAUUUCUCUGAAAAACUUCUCGAUGGCGGCAGCAUUAGGAAGCUCUUGGAUGAGAAAGCUAUUGAAUCCAUGAGAGCCCUAUAUGACCUUCUACGUUUAUCAGGCAUGCACAAAAAACUGGAGCAGCCCUGGUCAACGUAUAUCAGAGAAGCGGGCUCGGAAAUUGUGAAUGAUACCUCUCGCGGAGACGAAAUGGUUGUCCGCUUGCUCGAAUUUCGAAGAUCUCUAGACCUAAUGAUCCGAGAUGCGUUCAACAAAGAUGAUGGAUUCACCUACAGCAUGCGACAAUCGUUUAGUAGCUUUAUCAAUGAUCGAAAGAUUCUAUCUUCAUGGAAGACGGGUACCUCCAAGGUUGGCGAAAUGAUUGCUAAGUAUAUCGAUGCGCUGUUGAGGGGUGGGCUUAAGAACCUACCCAAAUCACUGCUUUCGGACGUAAAAGAUCGAAUGGAUGCUGAACAGAGUGGACAAGCCAGCACUGGCGAUGAAGAUGCCGAAUUGGACCGGCAGCUAGAUCAGGCUCUCGAACUGUUCCGUUUCAUUGAAGGAAAGGACGUCUUCGAGGCCUUUUACAAACAAGACUUGGCCCGGCGGAUCUUGAUGAGUCGUAGUGCCAGUGCAGAUGCAGAAAGAAGCAUGCUCACAAAGCUCAAGAAUGAAUGCGGUUCUAACUUCACCCAUAAUCUUGAGCAAAUGUUCAAAGAUCAGCAAAUUGCCCGCGAGGAGAUGUCUUCUUUCAAGUCUUUGUUAGAGGGCAUUGGACUUGGUAAGAGCAGCUUAGACCUUCAAGUUAAUAUCUUGUCUGCUGCGGCUUGGCCAACAUAUCCAGAUACCCAGCUCGUGGUACCUCGCAAUGUCGCCAAGCAAAUCGGACUAUUUGAAGACUUUUAUGUCCACAAACACACCGGAAGACGGCUUACUUGGAAGCAUUCACUCGCUCAUUGCAUUGUUAAGGCUCAAUUCAAUAAGGGACCAAAAGAGCUUCUUGUCAGCGCAUUCCAAGCCGUGGUAUUGACGUUGUUCAAUCAACUUGACGCUGUGCCAGAUGGAUUCCUCACUUAUAAGCAAAUCGCAGAUGGCAGUGGCCUUAAUGGGCCAGAUCUCGAUCGAACCUUGCAGUCUUUGGCAUGUGGUAAAGUCCGCGUCAUUACAAAACAUCCCAAGGGGAAGGAAGUUCUACCAACAGAUACCUUCACGGUGAACAAGACAUUCACCGACCCCAAAUUCCGCAUAAAGAUCAACCAAGUCCAACUCAAAGAGACCAAACAGGAUAACCAAGACACUCACGAGCGUGUCGCACAAGACAGACAGUUUGAGUGCCAGGCCGCGAUUGUGAGAAUCAUGAAGAGCAGGAAGACCAUGACACACGUCAACCUGGUUGCCGAAGUCAUCAACCAGACAAAGAGCCGGGGCGCUAUUGAGCCAUCUGAGAUCAAGAAGAACAUAGAGAAGCUUAUCGAGAAAGACUACCUCGAACGAGAGGGUAACGCCUAUUCAUACCUAGCAUAGACGCUGGCUUGCAGGUAGCUGAAACUGGUUUCAAUGGAAUGGAAGGCCUAGAUUUGCAUAGAAGCAUGUACGUAGCCCACUGUGGUGGUUGUGGAUUCAACUCUAUACGCAACUCGAAGCAGUUGAAGUUGGGAAUAGCCUAAUCUUGAAUGAUCAGUAGCAGUGACUAUUACAGUGACAGUGAGGCGUGAUCUGACCUGAUAUGAUCUGGUUGUGUAGGUAGUAAUACUAUUGCGCGACUAAUACCGACUAAUACUCCCCCCCUCUUUUUUUGGUACUCCGUGAUUUCUAGAACAGAACAGGUAUGAUUGACCGUUCUUUUGUUGCAGUAAAUUAAACGAUCUUAGUUAGGAAACUUAGGAUUGCUUCCUGCUCGUAGUUGUAGAGAUUGGUGGAUAGAGGGGGGGGUUCUAUAUUUGCGUGUAUGUGCGUAGGUAUGGAUAUGGACAUUCAUUCGACCAGAGCUCCUGAGAUGUAAGUAGGCGUUGGUGGGUGUUUCUCCUCUAUCCAUGUCUAGGUAGGUACCUAGGUUAGGAGGUCACUUGGGGGGUUACAUAGGUGAUGAACCAGAUAGAUAGAUGAUUGGUACCGUUGAUGUGAUAUGGCAAGCUAGGUUAGGUAGGUAAGUAGGUAGGUAG